UUAUAUAUACUUCAAUUCCAUUACUACCCUCCAAUUAAUUUCUGUGUGCUAAUCACAUCAUCGAUCUUUAUUUGUUUUUGCCCCAAAGUAUUAAUUCAUUACUGCAAUCAGAUGGCGAUUAAGAGCUACGCCCGGAGCGCGCCGUGCAACGGGAAAAUGGACAUGACUUUGGAAGAGUUCAAGAAAUGGGUGAAGAGUUUCGACGAAGACGAAGACGGGAGGAUCGACCGGAGCGAGCUGCAGGAGGCGAUCCAGGCCGCCGGCGUCCGCUUCUCGUGGCUGCGCGGCCGCCAGGGCAUGAAGGCCGCCGACCAGAACGGCGACGGCUUCAUCGACGCCGACGAACUCGCCAAGCUCGCCGAUUUCGCCCAGAACCACUUGAAUGUCCGCAUCGUCACCUAUUAAUCAUUUCUUCCAUACAUACAUAUAUAUAUAUAUAUAUAUAUAUAUAUAUAUAUAUAUAUAUAUAUAUAUAUAUAUAUAUAUAUAAUACGGAGUAUUAAUUUGCUGCAUGCAUGAAAUAUAUGGCUUUCAUAUAUGCACGUACAUGCAUGCGUGACAAACAUACAGAUCAAAAUAUCUUCAGAGUUUGUUAUGCACAAAUAUUAAGAAAAUAAAUAAUUUCCAUCAUAGGUAUGCUGAUGAUGAGGAGGAAUAUGUUCAUAAAAAUGUUGAUUCGUGUUAUUUGUUACUCGUACAUUGCAUAUAUUGGGAGUUUCUAUUAAUUUGUUUCUAGAGUAAUUUAUAUAAAUAGGACUAAAACAUAAUGACUUUCCCAAUAUAGGACUAUAUGUUUUUAUUUCUCAAUGUAGGACUUUUGGUCAUUAUAAGAUAGUCAUUAUUCAAGUAAUUGUCUAUCAUUACUGGACAUUAUUCCUUCACAAGGUCAUUAUUAAGUCCUAUUUAGGGAAUAAAAAAGUUUAAGUCCUACAUUAGGAAAGUCAUUAUGUUUUAGUCCUAUUUAGUGCAAAUUUCACUUGUUUCUAUCUAUUUGUAUUGCGUAAUACAUAAAUAUUGGAGUAUAUU